UCUAUGGAGUUCUAGAUGUUUCUAUGGGGUUCUAGAAGCAUCUAUGAGAUUCCUAUGGGGUUUCUAUGAGGUUCUAGAAGCAUCUAUGAGGUUCCUAUGGGGUUUCUAUGGGGUUCUAGAAGCAUCUAUGGGGUUCCUAUGAGGUUUCUAUGGGGUUCUAGAGGUUUCUAUGGGGUUCUGGAGGUUUCCAUGGGAUUCUUCAAGCAUCUAUGGGUUUCUAGAGACAUCUAUGGGGUUCUAGAAGCAUCUAUGGAGUUCUAGAUGUUUCUAUGGGGUUCUAGAAGCAUCUAUGAGGUUCCUAUGGGGUUUCUAUGGGGUUCUAGAAGCAUCUAUGGGGUUCUGGAAGCAUUUAUGAGGUUCCUAUGAGGUUUCUAUGGGGUUCUAGAGGUUUCUGUGGGGUUCUGGAGGUUUCCAUGGGGUUCUAGAAGCAUCUAUGAGGUUCCUAUGGGGUUUCUGUGGGGUUCUAGAAGCAUCUCUGGGGUUCUAGAAGCAUCUAUGAGGUUUCUAUGGGGUUUCUAUGGGGUUCUAGAAGCAUCUAUGGGGCUCUAAAAGCAUUUAUGGGGUUCUGGAGGUUUCUGUGGGGUUCUGGAUGUUUCUAGGAGGGUUCCAAAAGUAUUUAUGGCGUUUCUGGAUGUUUCUAUGGGAUUCUAGAAGCAUCUAUGGGGUUCUGGAGGUUUCUAUGGAGUUCUAAAAGCAUUUAUGAGGUUGUAGAGAUUUUUAUUGAGUUCUAGAAGCAUCUUUGGGGUUCUAAAAUAAUUUGUGAGUUUCUAGAGGUUUCUUUGGGGUUCUAGAAGCAUCUAUGGGGUUCCUAUGGGGUUUCUAUGGGGUUCUAGAAGCAUCUACGAAGUUCCUAUGGGGUUUCAAUGGGGUUCUGGAGGUUUCCAUGGGGUUCUUCAGGCAUCUAUGGGUUUCUAGAGACAUCUAUGGGCUUCUAGAAGCAUCUCUGGGGUUCUAGAAGCAUUUAUGAUGUUCCUAUGGGGUUUCUAUGGGGUUCUAGAAGCAUCUAUGGGGGUUCUGUGGGGUUCUGGAGGUUUCUAUGGGGUUCCAGAAGCAUCUAUGGGGUUCUAGAAGCAUUUAUGAGGUUCCUAUGAGGUUUCCAUGGGGUUCUAGAGGUUUCUAUGGGGUUCUAUGGGGUUCUGGAGGUUUCUAUGGGGUUCUAGAAGCAUCUAUGAGGUUCCUAUGAGGUUUCUAUGGGGUUCUGGAGGUUUCCAUGGGGUUCUUCAGGCAUCUAUGAGGUUCUAGAAGCAUUUAUGGAGUUCUAGAUGUUUCUAUGGGGUUCUAGAAGCAUCUGUGGGGUUUCUAUGGGCUUCUAGAGACAUCCAUGGAAUUCUAGAAGCUUCUAUGGGGUUCUAGAAGCAUCUAUGGGGUUCUAAAAGCAUUUGUGGGGUUUCUGGAUGUUUCUAUGGGGUUCUAGAAGAUUCUAUGGGCUUCUAGAUAUUUCUAUGGGAUUCUAGAAGCAUCUAUGAGGUUCUAGAAGCAUUUAUGGAGUUCUAGAUGUUUCUGUGGGGUUCUAGAAGCAUCUGUGGGAUUCUAGAAGCAUCUGUGGGGUUUCUAUGGGGUUUCUAUGGGCUUCUAGAGACAUCUAUGGAAUUCUAGAAGCUUCUAUGGGGUUCUAGAAGCAUCUAUGGGGUUCUAAAAGCAUUUAUGGGGUUCUGGAGGUUUCUAUGGGGUUCUAGAAGAUUCUAUGGGGUUCCAGAUAUUUCUAUGGGAUUCUAGAAGCAUCUAUGAGGUUCUAGAAGCAUUUACGGAGUUCUAGAUGUUUCUGUGGGGUUCUAGAAGAAUCUAUGGGGUUCUAGAAGCAUCUAUGGGUUUCUAACAGCAUCUAUGGGGUUCUAGAAGCAUCUAUGGGUUUCUAACAGCAUCUGUGGGGUUCUAACAGCAUCUAUGGGGUUCUAGAAGCAUCUACGGGGUUCCAGAAGCAUCUAUGGGCUUCUCAAAGCAUUUAUGAGGUUCCUAUGGGGUUUUUAUGGGGUUCUAACAGCAUCUAUGGGGUUCUAGAAGCAUCUAUGGGGUUCUAGAGACAUCUAUGGGGUUCUAGAAGCAUCUAUGGGGUUCCAGAAGCACUCAUGGGGUUCCAGCUGCAUCCAGAAGCUUCUGGAGACACCUCCAGCUGCCCGAGGCCUCGGCUCCUCACUUCUCCUGGUAGUGCCUCCCCGAGCCCGACCUCUCCAGCCACCCGUCCUGUCCCUCCAGCACCACCCUGAGCACGGAGUCGGUGGCCCUGGACAUGGUGGCCGUCACCUUGACGGGCCCGGCGCUGACGCUGGCGCUGCCGUGGCCCUUGCCCACGGUGACGCGGUGGAACUGGAUCUCCACCUGGGAGCUGGAGUAGGACCCCCUGGUGUUCCUGGGCUUCUGGAUGUGUCUACGGGGUUCUGGAGGUUUCUGUGGGGUUCUGGAGGUUUCUAUGGAGUUCUAAAAGCAUUUAUGAGGUUGUAGAGAUUUUUAUUGAGUUCUAGAAGCAUCUUUGGGGUUCUAAAAUAAUUUGUGAGGUUCUAGAGGUUUCUUUGGGGUUCUAGAAGCAUCUAUGGGGUUUCUAUGGGCUUCUGGAGGUUUCUGUGGGGUUUCUGGAAGUUUCUAUGAGGUUUCUGGAGGAUUCUAUGGGGUUCUGGAAGUUUCUGUGGAGUUUCUGGAGGUUUCUGUGGGGUUCUGGAGGUUUCUGUUGGGUUCUGGAGGAUUCUAUGGGGUUCUGGAGGUUUCUGUGGGGUUCUGGAGGUUUCUGUGGGGUUUCUGGAGGUUUCUGUGGGGUUCUGGAGGUUUCUGUGGGGUUUCUGGAGGUUUCUGUGGGGUUCUGGAUGUUUCUGUGGGGUUCUGGAGGUUUCUGUGGGGUUUCUGGAGGUUUCUAUGGGGUUCUGGAGGUUUCUAUGGGGUUCUGGAGGUUUCUGUGGGGUUCUGGAGGUUUCUGUGGGGUUCUGGAGGUUUCUAUGGGGUUUCUGGAGGUUUCUGUGGGGUUCUGGAGGUUUCUAUGAGGUUUCUGGAGGUUUCUAUGGGGUUCUGGAGGUUUCUAUGGGGUUCUGGAGGUUUCUAUGGGGUUUCUGGAGGUUUCUAUGGGGUUCUGGAGGUUUCUAUGAGGUUUCUGGAGGAUUCUAUGGGGUUCUGGAGGUUUCUGUGGGGUUUCUGGAGGUUUCUGUGGGGUUCUGGAGGUUUCUGUGGGGUUCUGGAGGUUUCUUUGGGGUUUCUGGAGGUUUCUGUGGGGUUCUGGAGGUUUCUAUGGGGUUCUGGAGGUUUCUGUGGGGUUCUGGAGGUUUCUAUGGGGUUCUGGAGGUUUCUAUGGGGUUCUGGAGGAUUCUAUGGGGUUCUGGAGGUUUCUGUGGGGUUCUGGAGGUUUCUGUGGGGUUCUAAAACCAUUUAUGGGGUUUCUGGAGUUUUCUAUGGGGUUCUAGAAGAUUCUAUGGGGUUCUUGAUGUGUCUAUGGGGUUCUAGAAACACCUAUGAGGGUCCUAUGGGGUUCUAGAAGCAUCUGUGGGGUUCUAGAAGCAUCUAUGGGGUUCUGGAGGUUUCUAUGGAGUUCUAAAAGCAUUUAUGAGGUUGUAGAGAUUUUUAUUGAGUUCUAGAAGCAUCUUUGGGGUUCUAAAAUAAUUUGUGAGGUUCUAGAAGUUUCUUUGGGGUUCUAGAAGCAUCUAUGGGGUUCCUAUGGGGUUUCUAUGGGGUUCUAGAAGCAUCUAUGGGGUUCUAGAAGCAUCUAUGAGGUUUCUAUGGGGUUUCUAUGGGGUUCUGGAGGUUUCCAUGGGGUUCUUCAGGCAUCUAUGGGUUUCUAGAGACAUCUAUGGGGUUCUAGAAGCAUCUAUGGGGUUCUAGAAGCAUCUAUGAGGUUCCUAUGGGGUUUCUAUGGGGUUCUAGAAGCAUCUAUGGGGUUCCUAUGGGGUUUCUAUGGG